CAGCGGGGCGGGGCGGCCUCGCCGCUCCUCCCGCGGAGCAGGCGCAGAGCGCGGCGGGCAAGAUGGCGGCUGUGGCGGCGCGGCUGUGGCGGCGCGGGGUGCGCGGCCGCUGCGUGUUCGGCGCCGGGCGGUUUUUCAGCCGCGGGCCAAAUGUGCUGCACCAAGACAGCAGUGCACCACAAGCUGCAUUCUUCUCACCUCUUCAAAAAGUGAUGUUGCCACCAAAUACCUUCCAAGGGAAAGUGGCCUUUAUAACUGGUGGAGGUACUGGGCUUGGCAAAGGGAUGACAACAGCUUUGUCCAGUUUAGGUGCCAAGUGUGUUAUAGCAAGCCGGAAGCUGGAUGUUUUGAAAGGAACAGCAGACGAAAUUUCUUCUAAAACAGGGAAUAAGGUUCAUGCCAUCCAGUGUGACGUGAGAGAUCCUGUUUCAGUUAAGAAUGCUGUUGCUGAAACAAUCCAAGUGGCAGGACAUCCUGAUGUUGUGAUAAACAAUGCAGCUGGAAACUUUAUUUCCCCUUCUGAACGACUUUCUGCUAAUGCCUGGAAAACAAUAACUGAUAUUGUACUUAAUGGUACUGCUUUUGUAACUCUGGAAAUUGGAAAGGAGCUCAUUAAAGUACAAAAAGGAGCAGCAUUCCUGGCUAUUACAACAAUUUAUGCAGAGAGUGGUUCAGGAUUUGUGUUGCCGAGUGCCUCUGCCAAAGCUGGUGUAGAAGCAAUGAGCAAGUCUCUUGCGGCUGAAUGGGGUAGAUAUGGCAUGAGAUUCAAUGUGAUUCAACCAGGUCCAAUAAAAACAAAGGGUGCUUUUAGCCGCCUUGACCCAACAGGCGCAUUUGAGAAGAAGAUAAUUGAGAGGAUUCCCUGUGGUCGUCUGGGAACUAUAGAAGAAAUUGCAAAUCUUGCUGCAUAUUUCUGCAGUGACUAUGCAAGCUGGGUUAAUGGAGCAGUUAUCAGAAUGGAUGGUGGAGAAUAUGUUUCUAUGGCAGGAGAAUUCAAUGAUUUGAAGAGGGUUACCAAAGAGCAGUGGGAUAUGAUGGAAGCAAUGAUUAGAAAAACAAAAGGCUCCUAAAGUACAUAACUUUAUGGUGGAGAUUCUUGGAAAUGAACCACUAUUUUUUCAUGAAAAUGAAUAUUUAGAAAUAACCAAUUGAGAAAUAGCCUUCAAAAUCUUUUUUUAUGCUAAUUUCAAUAAAAUAUUUUAAAAUUGUUGUAUUUUGAA